UCCCUCAACGCCCGCGCCCUCGCAGCCUGGGAGACCAACGCAGCCAACUGGGACGUCGCCAUCACGCAGCACGGCAACAAGUACUGGAAGCGCCUGCAGGAGCCGUCGCUGAGCCGGCUGCUGGGCGCCCGCCUCGCCUCCUCUUCCUCCUCCUCCUCUCAGUCGGGCAGCGGCAGCGACGGCGGCGACAGCGGAGGCAAAGGCUGCCGGGCGCUGGACCUGGCGACGGGCAACGGGCUAUGCGCGCGCUGGCUCUUGGCCAAGGGGGCGGGCUUCGUGCUGGCGACGGACGCGACGGCGGAGAUGUUGCGGAUCGCACGCGGGUACCACGACCGCGCGAGCGCGGAGCGGGGUGCGGGGGGCGAGGGUGAGGGUGGGGAGGCGAAGAUGAGGUUCCGCCGGGUGGAUGUCACGAGCGAGGCGGACCUGGCCGCGCUGGCGGCCGAGGAGGGCCGGUUCGAUGUCGUGCUGAUGAAUAUGGCGCUCAUGGACGUGACGGAUCUCGAUCCGCUGGCGAGGGCGCUGCCCGGGCUGCUGGCUGACGGAGGGGUCUUCGCGGCCACGCUGCUGCACCCGAUGUUCUUCACGUCCGGCGCCGCCAGCAUCCUCAACGUGCGCCACGACCCGGUCUCGGGCAGGCGCGUCGUGGUCAGGUCCAAGUUGGUCACCGAAUACAUGUCGGUGGCGCCGGCCAUGGACUUUGCUGUGCCGGGGCAGCCGGAAAAGCAGGCCGGCCUGGUCAUGGACGCCAUGGAGGAGCUGGCGUUUACCGAGGCCGACGCCGAGGACAGAAUCGAGUCGUCGGCCAAUUUCACGCAGCUGCCGACCAUUCUUUCGUUCCGGAUGCGGAUG